ACUGUCAAAUAAUAUUAUGUCUUCUGACAUAAAUAAUCCAACUCCUGAAGAAGAGCCAUUAGAUGAGAAAAAAAAUAAAGAAAAAGAAAAUUUUGAACAAAAAAGUUUUCUCGAAAAAAUAUGUCUCCUAAAGUCAAACAUCUCAGUCGAACCAAUCCUAGCCGGUCUCAUCAUACCCUCCAUGCUGGCUAGGCUUGCUAUACAAAAUCUCAACUUGGACAAAGCGUGUCGUGUAAAAUUAAAUUACUCUGAUGAUAUAUGUGACUCCUUGAUUCAAAGGAAGGGAAAUCUCACAUUUUAUGAAGGCGAAGUACAAAAAGUCAUAUCUUCUAUUGAAACAUGGAAAAGCUUGGUGCAGACUGCUUUGCCAACGUUAUUGGUCAUAUUCAUGGGUGCAUGGAGUGAUAGAACUGGAAAUCGAAAAUUGUCCAUUCUUAUGCCGAUAUGUGGAGAGUUUCUGGUAUGCAUCAGCAACAUUCUUAGUACGUUCUUCUUCCGAGAAAUUUCAAUCGAAGUGACCAUGUUUUUAGAAGCGUUCUUUCCUGCUAUCACUGGAGGUUGGGUGAUGGUUUACUUGGGUGUUUUCAGCUAUAUAAGUGACAUUACCGAUGAAGAAUCUCGGACCUUCCGAGUUGGUCUCGUUAAUCUAUGUAUGACGGCUGGUAUCCCGAUUGGUACAGCACUUAGCGGAAUCUUACUUAACCUUUGGGGUUAUUAUGGCAUAUUUUCUUUAUCGGGAACGAUUUAUUUAAUUACGCUCAGUUAUGGAUACUUUUAUUUGAAAACAAAAUCAAAACCUGGAAUCGAGGACGCUGAAGAGGCUAAACCAAUAACAUUUUCAGACUUACUAGCCCUAGUUAAAGAAACUGUAGCUGUUGCUUUUAAAAAACGUGAUGGAAACAUAAGAACGAAGAUUAUUCUAACGCUCUCUGUGGUUGCUAUUAUUUAUGGACCAAAUCAUGGUGAGAGGAUAAUCACAUACAUGUUCGUGAGAUAUCGACUUAAAUGGGACGCUUUGAAAUACAGCAUCUACUCCACUUACAGUAUUAUCACACAUUCCUUAGGAGCGUUAUUUUCUAUCAGUUUAUUCAGCAAACAUUGGAAGUUUCAUGAUUCCAUGCUUUGCCUCAUCUCUAUAACGAGCAAGCUCAUUGGUUCCGUGUACAUCGCCUUCGUCAAAACCGACUUGGAAAUGUUUAUGGUGCCGAUCGUUGAAAUUCUGAACGCGACGACUUUCACGUCCCUCAGGUCGAUGGCCUCAAAGUUGGUUCUCUCAGAGGAGAUGGGGAAAAUGAACUCGCUCUUCAGCCUGGUAGAGACGCUGGCCGCCCUCAUGUUCGAUCCAACUUAUUCAGCGUUAUACGCCAGAACUAUUCCAGUUUUUACCGGCGCUGUUUUUAUUUUUAGUUCCUUCAUGACCAUUCCCGCAAUAGGAACUUUAGUGUGGCUCUUUACACAGCACCGUCGUGAAACAAAACUUAGGAAACAAGAAGCGAUGGAGAAACAAAUAGUUGUGCACUACGAAACAGCGGAAAAUACAAAAUGAUGUGUUAUUUCAAUAAAGCUAU